UGCAUAUGUUCGAGUGGAGCCAAGACUAGCUUGCGUGAGAAUUACAGUACAGCAUUACGUCACUGAAUACGGGACAAAGAAUAAAGCAUUACACAUGUGGGACGUGUAUUCAUUUCAAGAAAUGGGUUUGGGCCUAAAUUGACCAAACGCUAGUACUCCAUUGGGCAAACCAAUGAACGGUAGCAAAAUAGCGGGAUGUGGCAGGUCACUGAACUCUUUAAGUCGCAUAAUAGGCCUACCCAGGUACCCUCAGUACGUGCCAUUCUUGGGUGCGAGUGACUCUUACCCACCAGCAUCAGCUCAUCAUGCACUGCUGGAAAAUUUGAUUUGGUCGUUCAACAAAAAAGACUGAAUUUUACCUUGGGCAUUAUCCUCUACUCGUAUCAGCGCACUGCUGAAAGCCCUCGCCUGUGGUCCAACGCAAAAGACUAUCUUUAUAGUGGAACUGAAAUGGCCGUUUCCGACGGUAGGGGCGGCGCGUCUGUGAUGGCCGACGGAGGAGUGACGGGAUGGAUAGCUGUCUUGACUUUGUUUACCUUGAACAUGAGCGGGAUUGGAGUUACCAAAGGAUUUGGUGUCCUGUUGCUGACACUGCAGGACCAAUUGGCGUCGGCAACGUGGAUCCUUGGUUGGAUUGCUGCAAUGGCUAUUGCGACAAGUGGAAUUUCAGCUCUGUUUUCAGGAAUAUUGAAAAGACGAUUUGGUGUUGGUGUCGUAGUGACGGUAUGUGUUACCAAGAUCGGCGUGGGCCUCAUCGGUGGAUCAUUUGCAACAACGACUCUACAGCUGGCAUUGUUCUACGUGUUGGCAGGUCUGGGUAUAGGAGUGUCGAACGUUCUUGCAAAGGAAGCCGUCGGUAGAACCUUUAAUGAGAACUACGCAACUGCCUUUGGCAUAGCCAAGUCUGGUACCUUCGUGGGAUUGCUUGUUAUGCCGCCACUGACUCAAUUUUUCCUGGACACGUACGGAUGGCGCGGGACCUUACUGCUCUUGGGCGGGCUGUGCUUUAACACUGUUGCACCUGGUGCCUUCCUUGCCACUUCACCUCAGGCUGCUCUCCAUGUAUCAGAGGAGGCAGGCUACCGGAGGCUCUCUGACCAGACAGGGCCCAUUUCCUCAAUGCCUCGGACUAAUUUCGGACACUUCUGCUGUACAUCAAGAGAAAUCCUCCUCAAAGACUUCAGUUUAGAGUUGCUCAUCGAUGCACGCUUCUGGGACCUUACAGUUGUGAAGUCUAGUACUAAAUUUGCUUAUGGCAUGUGGGUAAUUUACUUUGUAUCGGCAGCUCAGUCCAACGGGUUUACCGCCACAGAGGCUGGAUGGUUUGUAUCAUUCGGGGGCAUUGGUGGUCUGUUGGCCGUUAUCGCGCAGGGGCCCCUUAAUGACCGCGGAGUGCUAUCUUCCUGGAGUCUGACAACCACAACGAUGGUCGUGUGUUCUGCAUCAUACUGCGCAAGUCCCUUGCUGACUUCAAACUGGGCGAUGAUGACGUCAACCCUUCUGAUUGGAUUCUGCUUCGGCGUCGUCAGUGUCCAGGUCGACGUAUUGAUCAGGCAGACGUUCGGUGUCGAGUUGAUGGUUGGUGCUUUUGGUUGGGAAAAGCUACUAUCUGGAAUGUUUAAUUUCAUGCUGGGAUUUCUUCCAGGGUUGUUCUACGACAUCUUGGGUAGCUACGUUGCCGGCUUCAUGGUAGUUAGCGUCGUACAGAUUCUACCAGUCACUUUACUGCUCCAUUUAUGGUAUUCUGGGAAGAAAUAGAGGCUUUGCGUGGUAGCCAUCUUGCAGGGCAUUUCUUUUGUUCGACGAGGAAGCCUCCUUUGUGCAUAUUCUGUUGAACAAAAGCACUGGCCUGCAACAGGCAGCCAUGCAAACCGUCUGUAGAAAAUCUUUUUCCUUAAUUAGUAAGUUAGCAUCGCAGUUUCGUUUCCAAUGUGAUUUUAAAAUGACAGUUUGUAUUGGGAGAAUGCUGGUGGCAACAGCCAUCCUGAUCCUCAUUCACAGCCUUGCUCGUUCUCAUGAACAAGCACGCAUGCCCAGAACCACGCGCGCAUGCUCCUGACAAAAGGACAGGCAUGUAUGCUGCCAUCGGCGUCUCAAUACUGUUCCAUUACACUUGUAGUAUGAUUUCACAGGGAAGAAAUCGGCUUACUCAUGAACCGCCCGUCGGUAGCAGCCUACUGUUUAUCAUUUGUAUUGGUGGAUCAAGGGCGAGACCAUAUAGGCCUAAUUUAUCCCACAAAAGGGGCAAUUUAUUUUUUAAUAAAAGCCGUUUUUGGGGCAUUUUCGCAUUACUCCUCCCCAGAGCGAGUAAAAUGCAGCAAAUCUGGCCUCACCGUUCAGAAAAGCAAUAAGUUGUACCAGGCCUACAUAGAGGAAUUUCCACCCCCCCCAAGAAAAAUUGGUUUUAGAUGCGCUGCUGAUCGCCUUGUCUCACAGACUGGAUUGACGCAGUGUCCAGCUAUUGCUAACCCCGUAAGAAUUUGAUUUUGUAGAAAUAUUACAAAUGUGAUCUUUUUUGCUACAAACAGUCGAACCUCAUUAGUAAUAGGUCCUGGGACUUCGCUGAUUGUCUUCUUAUAACAGGAACCUUGCCUUACCAGGAAUGAAAACAAGGAAGAACAAAGGACUGGGAUAGAAAAAUAUUCUUUUAUUAAAAGUGCUCUUAUUAUGGAGGUCCGACUGUAUAAUGUAGCUUGCCCGUUUGAAAACGCGCAAAAUCUCAAUGCGCAAGCAUGAGCAGACAGGAAGUAAGAACAGUUCUCCAAAUUUUAGCAAUUAGCCUAUUUGAAGCAUGGCGGACACAACAGGAGGGCGCUAUUUGAAGUGGGUAAAUUUAUUUGGCCAAAUUUUACCCACAAUUUUACGGGCAAUCUAAGUGCUUUGCGCGUAAUGCGCACUAAACGCGCUGCCAUCCAUUGCUUCGCUUCCGUACUUUUCAAAAUCACAGUUGUACGCGGAGGACCGGUGGUUAAAUUUCACAGACAGGCCGUGUCUGAAUCACUUGGCUACGGCCGGAAUUUACACACGACUUAAUGGGAACUGGCUGCAGUCACUGCCGUAGACUCGUGCGUUAUUUCCGGCCGUAGCUAGGUGAUUCAAAUAGCGCCCUCUUACUGUGUCCGCCAUACUUCAAAUAGGCUAAUGGCAUACUAUCUUUGCUAAUGAGGUUUCGAGCACCUCUACACAAACGUUGGUUAAGCUCUUUCUAAACAACUCUAUGGACAAAAGUACAUCUCGUGUUGGACAUGCGCAAAUUGCAGAAACACGCAAAAAGAAACAUAUACUGACUUCAGAAUAACUUGUAUAUUUUCUUCACAUAGUAUUCUAACACAUUUUUUUCUAUAACUUGAUAUAAGAUCUGAAGACUGUUUACACACGUAUUUAUCUUGUUAAUUUUACGUUUAAGUUUUAGGGUUUUUAUGAGAAGAAACAUAUUACAUGUAACGCCAAUGACUCGCACCGACUACACUUGUUUAAAAAAUGAUGAAUGACCAAGUACCUGUACCAAGUCAUGUACACUGCUCCACAACAUAUCACAUUAAAAUAAAAAUAAAUAAACACAGCGCUAACAUAUCUCUAUAAAACAAAAAAAUUGGUUUCUAGUUUUAUACAAAAAUAACUAUUUGAACACCUACUACAUUUCGCAGCCCAUUUCGUUACCGUGACUACUCGUGUACGUAAAUAAAAACUUGAAGUUUUAGGACUGCUCAAUUGUCUGGGUCUGAGUUUGGUCUUGGUUCUUGCUAUAUUUACAUAGAUAGAUUUAAUUUUGGUAAAAUAUAUGAAAGUGGCAUGGGCUUUUUAGAGGUGAAGACCUUCAUCAAUGACCCGUUUAAAUAUUUCAUACAGUGUGGCGUGCAAUGUCUUCUAUUAAACUCUGUAUUAUGGUUCACAAUUCCAGAGACAUUUUUGACAUUAAAAUUUCAUUUAAUUCAUCUCUGGUGGAUAAUUUAACAGUUAAAAAUAAGAUCUCAAAAUUGUUUGAAGAAAGCACUUCUGGCAUACUUUAGCUCUCAUUUUCUGCUCUAAACCCAUGAUUUAACAUUUCUCUUACAAAAGUAUGGCCCCGUAUCCCUCCAAUUGUGCGUGUAAUUCUUAAGCAAUGCACUUAAAGAAUAUCUGUGGCCAUUUGGUCUCAGACCUGAGAUUUGGGGAACCUUGUUUUACAUGAGAUCAGACUCAAUACCCACACACAUGAUAACAGUCUAUGUGUAAGAGGUUGUGGAAACCCUGUGGUUAUAAUGUUGACAAUAUCCAAGGGCUCUUCUCUGAUAAUUUCAUUUUGGCGGUAGGUGAAAGCCCCUUUGGAAGGCAUCAAGACAAAGCAUAUCAGUAUCCGAGAGACUUCAUUCACGUCUCAGAAACUGUGCGGCUUUCAAACACUCUUUCAUAAAAACUAUGUGUGCACUGAACUAACUAUAGUGCUCUAUGAAGUAUGAAGGCACAUGACACUUUUCUCAUCGGGCCAAAGGCGAUGAACGAAGCGCCUCUUGUAAAAUGAAGAAAUUUGGAAUUUCAGUUUUGUUUUGUACCCAACAGAUGCAGAGAUUUCUGCAUACAUAUACACACACACACAAGUGUGUAUUUGCCUGCAACAGGGGACCCUGUAUUGUUCCUCUUUUGUUUGUACUUU